GCCCACCAAAAGCCCAAGCCAUGCCGCCCACGACGGGCAUCCCCCAAGGCCAGCGCGAGGCCCGCAUCUCGUCCCACUCGCACAUCAAGGGCCUCGGGCUCGACGACGACGGCUUUGCCCACGCAGACCGCUCGGGCUUUGUCGGCCAGCGCGCAGCUCGCGAGGCAUGUGGCCUCGUCCUCGAGCUGAUCCGCUCCAGGCGGUUCUCGGGCCGCGCCCUCCUCCUCGCCGGCGCACCGGGCACGGGCAAGACGGCCCUCGCGCUCGCCGUCGCCCAGGAGCUCGGCCACAAGGUGCCGUUCUGCCCCAUGGUCGGCAGCGAGGUCUUCAGCUCCGAGGUCAAGAAGACCGAGGUCCUCAUGGAGAACUUUCGCCGCGCCAUCGGUCUGCGCGUCAAGGAGACCAAGGAGGUGUACGAGGGCGAGGUGACCGAGUUGACGCCGGCCGAGACCGAGAACCCGCUGAGCGGGUACGGCAAGACCAUCUCGCACGUCGUCGUCGCGCUCAAGACGGCAAAGGGCACCAAGCAGCUGCGCCUCGACCCGAGCAUCUACGAGUCGAUUCAGAAGGAGCGUGUCCAGAUCGGCGACGUCAUCUACAUCGAGGCCAACACGGGCGCCGUCAAGCGUGUCGGGCGGUCAGACGCGUACGCGACCGAGUACGACCUCGAGGCCGAGGAGUACGUGCCGUUGCCAAAGGGCGACGUGCACAAGAAGAAGGAGAUCGUCCAGGACGUGACGCUGCACGACCUCGACAUGGCCAACGCGCGACCGCAAGGCGGGCAGGACAUCAUGAGCGUCAUGGGCCAGCUCGUCAAGGGCCGCCGCACCGAGGUGACGGACAAGCUGCGCGCCGAGAUCAACAAGGUCGUCAACUCGUACAUCGAGCAAGGGAUCGCGGAGUUGAUCCCGGGCGUUCUCUUCAUCGACGAGGUGCACAUGCUCGACAUCGAGGCGUUCACGUACCUCAACCGCGCGCUCGAGUCGACCAUGUCGCCGCACGUCAUCCUCGCGACCAACCGCGGCCUGACGACGAUUCGCGGCACCGAGUCCGAGCCCGGGUACGGCGGCGGCGAGGGCAUCGUGAGCCCGCACGGCGUCCCGAUCGACCUCCUCGACCGGUGCAUGAUCGUGCGCACGUUGCCGUACCAGCGCGACGAGAUCAAGACGGUCCUCCAGACGCGCGUCAAGGUCGAGGGUUUGGCGAUCCAGCCCGAGGCGCUCGACAAGCUCGCAGACGACGGCAUCCGCACCUCGCUUCGCUACGCCCUGCAGCUUCUCACGCCGGCGUCGAUCCUGUCGCGGGUCCAGGGCCGCACCGAGAUCACGCUCGCCGACGUGGCCGAGACGGACGAGCUGUUCCUCGACGCGAGGAGCAGCGCGCGUGGGUUGCAGGAGCGCGGCGAGGGGCAGUACUUGCGGUGAGACGGGGCCGAGCGUGCUCGAGCGCGAGAGGGCGUGUGUAAAGCAGCUUGACGCUCUCUCUC